AGGAUGAUACAGUUAGUUGCCUUCAAGCCACACUGGAGAAGAUGUUACGGUAACUUGGAUGCCUCGUGUGAAAUUAUCAAGAGAUUCGAGAGUUCGUUACCAUUUAACAAGCAGCCAUUGAACAUCAACGAAAAUGCUGGGCUACUUCGAAAUUUUGUGCGGCAUCGCCGCAUUACUUUUUGCCUUUUAUUAUUAUUCCACUGCCAAUUUUAAUUACUGGAAGGACCGGGGAGUAGUUGGACCGAAGCCUUUGCCAUUUUUUGGUAAUACCAAGGACCUUAUGUUCCCAAUCGUUUCAGUGCCAGAAUUCAGCAGAGAUAUUUAUCUGAAAUAUAAAGGCGAACGAAUGGUUGGAUUAUUCAUGCAAAGAUCUCCUGUUAUCUUUCUGAAGGAUCCAGAAUUAAUUAAAGACGUUCUUAUCAAAGAUUUCUCGAAAUUUUCGGAUCGCGGAUUCAAGGUCUAUGAAAAGACCGAGCCAUUAUCACAACAUCUUUUCAACCUGGAAACAAAAAGAUGGAGACCGUUGCGUUCGAAACUUUCUCCAAUGUUUACAUCCGGAAAAUUGAGAGACAUGUUCGGUCUUAUCCUCGAAUGUUCAGAGCACUUUAAACAGUAUUUAGAUAAAGUAGUUGCGAAAGGAGAGCCUAUAGAUAUCCCAGAUCUAACUGGAAAAUUCACAACCGAUGUGAUUGGUUCUUGCGCUUUUGGGAUUGAUACGAAUUCAUUGGCAGAUGAGGAGAGUGAAUUUCGUAAAGUAGGCAAACAAAUCUUCACUCCAACUUUCGGAAAUGUACUUAGAUUGAAGACUAGCAUAUAUCUGCCAAAAUUGUACGAACUAUUGGGUUACAUUGUACCAGAUAAAAAGUUUGCUCCUUUCUUCACGAAAGUGGUUAUUGACACUAUGAUGUAUAGAAAAGAACAUAAUAUACAUAGACCUGAUUUUAUCAAUAUGCUUAUGGAGCUGAAGGAUCAUCCUCAAAAAGUCGAUGAUAUCAAAUUAACAGAUUACCUUAUAACUGCUCAGGCUUUCGUAUUUUUUGCGGCUGGUUUUGAAACUUCUUCGACCACAAUGAGCAACGCUCUCUAUGAAUUAGCUCAGAACCAUGAUAUUCAGGACAGACUACGUAAGGAAAUUGAAGAGCAUUUUAAAAAUAGUGAUGGAAAUUUGAAAUAUGAACAUAUAAAGGAAAUGGAGUAUUUGGAUAAAGUAUUCAAAGAGACAUUAAGAAAGUAUCCACCAGGUGCACUUCUACCAAGAACAGCAACUUCAGAUUACACUUUUGAUGGUACUAAGGCUUCAAUAUCGAAGGGUAUGUUAGUAUGGAUACCAAUAUUUGCUAUACAUCGAGAUCCUGAGAUCUAUCCAAAUCCUGAGGUCUUUGAUCCUGAAAGGUUUAACGAGGAUGCUGUUGAUGCUCGACAUCCUAUGAGUUAUUUGCCUUUUGGUGAUGGACCAAGAAAUUGUAUUGGUGCCCGGUUUGCAGUUUAUCAAACCAAACUUGGAUUAAUCACAAUUAUCCGCAAUUAUAAAGUUGAUAUCUGCGAGAAAACUAUAAUUCCAUAUCACUUUGCCCCGGGUGCAUUUAUACUUACACCGAAAGAAGGAAUAUAUCUGAAAAUAACAAAAUUAACAAGUUAGUGUUAAUUUGACUUUUCUCAAAAAUGUAAUGCUUAACAGUAUUCAGUUGAAUAACAUAUAUAUUUAAAUUGUUUAUUCGUCUGCUCCGUAACAUAUGUAACGUAACCAGUGCCGGAGCGAGGCAGGUUCAGCGAGUUCACCGGAACCAGGCCUCGCGUUUUGAAAGGCCCCGCGGUCUACAAAAACUCGCGGUUGAAACUAAUAAAAAAUUAUCUUCAGUUAUCAAUAUGCCACGACCGAUUUACAUCUCUGGCUAUUCUUUCAAUAGAAAGCGAAGUAGCAAACUCAAUCAAAUUUGAUGACGCAAUCAAAUAUUUUGCGGCGAAAAAAAACGAGAAAAAUUAUAUAAUAUUCAUUUCACAAAAAAUAUAUGUAACAUCCUUUCCACUUUUAAUAAAUAAUUCCAUAUUGUGAAAUUUAAGUAUAGGAUUUGAAUGUGUAUUCUGGCUCCACAAAGUUUUUGUACCAGGCCCCGCAAAAGGUCACGCCGGCUCUGAAGAUAUCUUUCAAAAUGUUUGUGCACUAUUUGUUAUCACUAGUGUAACAUCCCACAAGAUGAGGAAUAGCAACAACAAAAAUUUAAAAAAUUAUUAUUUAUGGAAACACUUUUUCUUCUUUUGUUUUGUUAUAUAUAAUUAAUUUUGUAA